CUGUGUGCACAGAUCGAUGUGUGGCACCAAACAGGGGAACCCAUUGCACCCUUCCCACCCCUUGGGGGACACAUGAGGUGCUGACAUCACAGGACCACAGGAUCCUGUCCCCAAAGGGAAACUGAAAGCAGCUCUCUGGCCUCUCCCUGUCCUCACUGCAGUCUCACUGUCCCCAAGCUGCUCCUGCCUCAUGGCACCAAUGGCGCUGGCCCUAAUCCUGGGUGAGUGACAAUGGGGACAUGGUGCCACGGGGGUUGGUGGCCCUGUGUGAGGCCAGGACCAUGUCCCUUGCAGGUUGGUGGCUGAUGGCAGCGAUCAGAGCACAGCACCUGCCCCGACCCUCCCUGUGGCUGCACCCCAGCCAGAGGGUGUCCAUGGGGGACACUGUCACCCUGCGCUGCCACCUGCCCCACACAGCUGCCUGGGUCCAGCUCUGGUUUAAUGGAACUUUGAGAUCUGACAAGGAAAAAGAUGAGGAGCAGGAUACAGUUGAGUUCUUCUUGGUUGUCACAAACCUCGAAGAUGCGGGGACAUAUCAGUGUCAGUACCAGGUGUCAGAGCCACUGUGGACAUCGAAUAUGAGUGACCCCGUGGAUCUGGUGGUGACAGGUGUCCCCCCAGCAAUGACUGAGGACUUGCAGAUCCAGGUUACCCCAGUGACAGUGUGGAUCUGACCUACGCCGAGAUGCAAGCUGCCAUCCUGUGCUCCCAGCCCUCCACUUCUCCCACUGCCCCUCAGUCCCCCAUUAUCUACACCAAAGUGAGCACUGGGUUACCGUGCUGAUGAAACCCCCCAGGUGCCUCAUUUAUGGGGUGCCAUGAAGGGGAAAGACCCUGAAUUCCCUGCUUGGGACUCCCCGAUGUCCUGUUCUAACCCCAGACCAGCUAAUUUCCCCAAAUCUAACAAUCCCAAAUUCUCACUGAUAAACCCCAAAUGCUUCCCAGUCAUACCAAAUCCCUAAAUGCCCAUCUCUUACCCCAAAAUCCUUCUUUAGCCCCUCAAAUAUCUUAACACCCCUUGAGACCUCCAAAUCCUCUCCAGUCCACUCCAAAUCACCGCCACCAUUUCUCUGUGAUCCCCUGAUCUGUCCCAAUCUACCUCUCUUCUAGAGAGCUC